AUGCUUCAGAUGACUCCAGGCAUGACACCACUGAGCACGUACAACUUCAUCAAAAUCCAGUGUACAACAAAGGCAGUAACCCCCAACAGGCAUCAGAUGACACCGGGCCUGACUCUGAUGUACACAAGCAUCCCUGUCCGCCAAACGCCAAGGAAUUUCACAGAUAGUCCAAUGCUAAAUGUCAACAAGUUGAGUACUGUGAAUGCAACAGAAGCAAGUACCACAGCUAAAGCUACCACCAGGGUCUCUGGCGGGACCACCCCACUUAGCCUUGGUGAUAUGAAUAGCACCAUCCCACCCAGCCUUGGGACCACCGAUGGUACCACACCACACAUGAUAGGGAACACUGAUGGUACCAACCUACCCAGCAACGAAAAUGUGCCAACUGUGCUGUCAGAUGCCCCAACUGUGCUGUCAAAGGGAACAACGGUGCAGCCCGUUGUCACAACUGUACAGCAAGCUUACCAGAUGACCACAAGGCAAAAAUGUACAAAGUACAAAACAGAAACCGUCCGUGAGGACCACACCUUGCGGCUGUCUUGCCCGGUGGGACAGUCCCUUGUGAUCGAUGAAGCCGUCUUUCGACACAAAAACCGCCGCGCGAAGAAAAGUCUGCUGAUCAUGUGGAACGCCUGUCAGGGCUUACAGCGCUGCAGCGUAAGGGCGAGCAUCCGUGUGUUUGGUGACCCCGCUUAUGGUUACGGAAAGACCUUACAGGCUAAAUACCGCUGUUUAACAGCCUGUAGUAAACCAUUUGGGAUGAUAUCCCAUGUCAUACCUGAUGACCGCAUCACUGCAUCCUCAUAUUGGGAACACGGUCCUCAUUACGAGCCCUACCGCGCACGCGUACGGUUGAUCGGAGGUGCCGGUUCAGGUACAUGGGCAGCAGGAAACAACAUCGUUGGAGAAUGGCUGCAGGUUUUUAAAAGCAACACUGACGCGAACACCCCUGUAAUCAAUCUACUGGACUACCCCAUUUAUGCCCGUUAUGUGCGUUUCGUCGUUCAGUCGUGGCAGCAGCAUAUCGGCAUGAGGGUGGAGAUUCUAGGCUGCAGCAAAAAUGUUGGUGACUGCGAGCCAAACCCUUGUGCGAACGGAGGGACAUGUCUGGACCAUGAGGGCGGAUUUGACUGUGCUUGCCCCCCUCCGUUUUACGGAAAGAACUGCAGCAUCGUUUGCCAAACUCCAAUACGCACAAAAUCAAGGAGCGGGUACCACUGGACUGAAAAGCCAUUGACAGGAUCCCGCUUCAUGUUUGACGUGAAAGCCACAAGUGACGUCAUUGUGGCGUUGUCAUACAAGAAAAAAAAGCUGGACGACAUGUAUGAAAUUCUUAUCGGUGGCAUGAAAAACACAAAGUCUGCCAUAUGCCGCAGCAAGAGCGAUAUCCUCUUCACAACGGCCGAGACAUUUAACUUCGUCUCCCCGACAGAGUUCAGAAUGUUCUGGAUUACGUGGUCUUCGGAUGGAACCAUUGCUGUUGGGAGGGAGAAUGAAACUCAGCCGUUCUUGGAGUACAAAGACCCAAACCCCCUGCCCAUCAUCUAUGCCGGAUUACGUUAUAACGCUCGAGAUAAAGCCCCUGCAUGCUGGUAUCUUUGCCACAUCGCUACGCCUGAAG